AUGCGGGCUCGAGAAAUUUUCAGCGCGCGGCGCGGGCCUGCCUGGUCGGGCGCAGAGCCCAGGAUGGACGGCCAGGACGCAGAAGCAGGGGCCCCGGCCGACAUCGUGGCGCACGCGGACCUGGGCGUGGCGCCGGCGGGCGCGGGCGCGCCCAGCAGCAAGUUUCUGCGCUUCUACCGCGCGGCGACCGCGCGCUCGCGGCGCGCAUCAGGCAGGCGCGGCCGCGCGUCGCCCCGGCGCGGGGGCGCGGCCGACAGCAGCGUGGACGAGGGCGCCACGGCAGUGCCGAGCAGCAGGGACGCCGCAGAGGAGGAGAGCCCGCGGCGCAAGCAGCCUGUGCGCGUGCCGCAGACGCCGGCGAAGCUAGCCGCGCCGGCGCUGGAGGCAGACGACAGCGACGGGUUUGUGACGGCGCGUAGCACGCCGCUGCGCUCGCCGCGGCGCCAGCUGACGUUCUCGUCGCCGAGCAAGUCGCCGCGCAAGACCCGCAAGCAGGACGUGCUGCUCGCGCAGGUGCCGAGCUUCAAGCUGGACCCCGGCUUCGUGCCUGCAGCGGUGCCGAAGGGGUACCGCCUGCCGGAGGACCGCAACCUGACGUACUUCUUCGAUGGGUUCGAGGGCUACAUCGACCAGAAGAAGCCGAUCCGCGCGCACAAGAAGUCGCGCAACUCGAUGGCGAUCGCGCCGAGUGUGUCGCGCGACGAGUUCCGGCUCCUGAGCGGCGCGCUCAACGGCUUCAUGCACCAGACGCCGCGCGCGGUGCUGACGGGGCACCAGCAGCGGCUGUUUCCGCAGUACUGGUUCGAGGUGAUGCAGGGCUUCACUCUUCUGUUCUACGGCAUCGGCUCGAAGCGCCGCUUCCUCGAGACGCUCGUGUUCGAGUACCUGUCACCCAAGCUGGCGCUGUCUGGCGCGCCCGAAGGCGCGGACGUCGAGGGCGUGCCCUGUGUGGUGAUCAACGGCUUCAACCCCGCGUGCAACUACCGCGACUGCUUCCAGAGCAUCGCCGCCUACAUGCUGCCCGACGAGCUGCGGCACGCAGAAACCAAGUACUGGCACAACCACGUGCACCUGCAGAUCCAGAAGAUGGUCGAGCACUGGGCCGCGCAGCCGCCGCAGGUCCAGAUGGUCGUGCUGGUGCACAACCUGGACGGGCCGAUGCUGCGCAAAGACCCCUUCCAGCAAAUGCUCAGCUCGCUCGCGCGCAUCCGCCAGAUCGCCAUCGUCGCCUCCGUGGACCACAUCCACGCGCCGCUGCUCUGGGACAGCCUGCGCGCGCAGCUCUACAACUUCGUUUUCCACGACGUGACCAACUACGAGCCCUACGCCAUCGAGGCCGCGUUCCAGGAGUCUGUACGGCUCAACCGCUCCGAGCUGCAGGCGGGCAGCAUCGACGCCGCGCGCUACGUUCUGGCCUCGCUGACCGCCAACUCGAAGCGCCUGUUCCGCCUGCUGUUGGAGACCGUCGUCGCCAACAUGCAGUCUGCCAAGCGCAUAAAACUGACAAACUCGCGCCGCGCAGGCAUUUCUUUUGGUGUCCCGUUUUCCGCUUUCUACCAGGCCUGCGCCGCCCAGUUUGUGGCCUCCAAUGAAAUGUCCUUGCGCUCCAUGCUCCGAGAGUUUGUCGAGCAUAAAAUGGCUCAUCUGGCGAAGGACAAGGCCGGCCAGGAAAUAGUCUACGUCAAUUACUCCUUUGGCGAGAUGCAGAAGCUAUUGAGCGACGCCCUCUCCAGUGUAUAG